UGUAACCCACUUGUUUACCAGCAGUCUGCAUACUCGGGCGUGUGGUCCGGUUCUGGUCGCGAUGGUGAAAGUGGAAGUAAAACAGGGCUGGCUGGAGGGGGAGGAGCUGAAGACUUGUACUGGAGAAGGGAAGUUCUUCAGCUUCAAGGGAAUACCGUAUGCUGUGCCACCUUUGGGGAAACUGAGGUUCAAGGCACCUCAACCUCUUCUGAAAUGGGAUGGUAUUAGAAAAGCCACCAAAUUCGGGCCUAAUUGUCCACAAGUAGACAUAGUUACUGAUGAAUUGAUCUUAGGCAGUGAAGACUGCUUAUACCUAAACGUUUACUCGCCAAACCUUAACCCUGAAAUUCCAUUGACUGUCAUGGUAUUCAUUCAUGGAGGAGGCUUUAAAAGUGGCUCAGGAGAUGACGACUACUAUGGUCCAGACUUUCUAAUGGCCCACAAUGUUGUCUUGGUUACAAUCAACUACAGACUGGAUGCUCUAGGAUUCUUAUGCUUGGACACUGAAGAGGUCCCUGGGAAUGCCGGCAUGAAGGAUCAAGUCCUUGCUUUAAAGUGGGUUCAAGAAAAUAUUGCCAAAUUCGGCGGAGAUCCGAAUAAUGUGACCAUAUUCGGAGAGAGCGCGGGGGGUUCGUCGUGUGGAUUACAUAUUCUUUCUCCUAUGUCGAAAGGUCUCUUUAAGAGAGCUACACUGAUGAGUGGGGUGCCGUUUUGUGACUGGAGCCUGGCAUUUGAGGCCCGGAAAAGAGCCUUCGUACUUGGUAAACAAUUAGGCUUAGAAACUCAUGAUCCAAAUGAACUCCUGGAAUAUCUUCAAUCGCUACCAGUUGAAAAGUUAAUUAGCCUCAGUCCUUGCUUAACCCACUUACUCCUACCAGAGGAAAUUACAAGCAACAGGCUUAAGAUGUAUUUCUUCACGCCUGUCGUGGAAAAAUACUUUGGUCAAGACCAUUUUAUCACACAAGAGCCAUUUGAUAUAUUGAAAAGCGGCAAAAUCAACGACGUUGACAUUUUAAUUGGUUACACGAGUCUGGAGGCUUUGAUAGCUAUACCAUUUCUUGAGCGAGGACUUCUAGAACAAUACAACAGAUAUCCGGAAUUACUAGUGCCGAGGGAAAUAUUGAAUGAAUGUCCGCCUCGGAAAAUCCUAGAACUUUCAGACAGGAUCCGGGAAUACUACUUUGGAAAUAAAUAUUUAACCACCGAGAUUAUGAAGGAGUUCCUUAUCUAUAAAAGUAAAAUUGCCUUUAAUGUUGACAUCUAUAGAUAUUUAACUCUAUUCAAAGAAGUUGCGAAAUCGAAAAAGUAUUUUUAUAGAUUUUCGUCUUUCUCCGAACUUAAUAUUUUAGGCGUUUGGGGAAAGAAGUAUGAAAUUGAACAAACGUCGCAUGCAGAUGACUUGAUGUAUUUGUUUCAUGCAAAAGGGCCUAAUAUAAAGGUGGAAAAGAAUAGUAAGGAAGAAAAAAUGGUGAGAUUGGCAUGCACCUUGUUUACCAACUUUGCCAAAUAUGGGAAACCUACACCAGAUUCUUCCUUAGGAAUAUCUUGGCCGGAGUAUGAUGACAAAGAGUCCUACGCUGAUAUAUCCGAGUCCUUGACAAUUGGGCAGAAGUUAGAUGCUCAGUGUAUGGCGUUUUGGAAGUCUAUCUACGACGACGCAGGGAUGCAGUUCAUUUAAUAGUUCUUUCGUUCGUUAGUUUCAGACGAAAGACGUCCACUGCUGGACAAAGGCCUCCCCCAAGGACUUCCACAAAGACCGGUCCUGCGCCGCUCGCAUCCAGGCACCUCCCGCGACCUUCACCAGAUCGUCGGUCCACCUAGUGGGAGACCUGCCCACGCUACGUCUUCUUCCUUCCUAAUUCAUUUAUAAAGAUUUCAAAAUAACUAAAGAAAAAUUUAACCGCCUAAGGCGGGAAUUGAACCCAAGGCCUUUCGCUUGCCGGGCGACUGC